CCGCGUGUUUUCGAGGAGAAUCUGGGAGACUCGCGGGGGGUCGUAGCCUCUGGCCCCUGAGUUGGGAAUAGCUUCGCCCGCGCUGCGAGUGCCGAGCGGCAUCCCGAUUGGCUGCGCUGCACUUCGGCUGUUGCCCGUGGCCUUGCAUGUGGCGAUGGCUUCACUAGGGCGGCUAAAGAGAGCCAUGUCGGCCACCAGUCCCGUUGCGGCAGUGUAGCCUACGAGAAUACGCGCUUUUCGAUGCUUGUCGCCAUCCUCAUGCUGACAUGGGGGGAUUGGGGGGGCACCUUGACUGACUCGAUGCGACGCUCAUGUCAUGUGCCCGGCGCAGAGAAACUAGAAACUGGAAACUCGAACCUCAAACCACCGCCAUUGAAGAAAAACGGGUGCUUUGUUCCGCAAAAACGGGCAAUUCGUGCCGUUAGUUUUGCUGCUAGCCCCGCGCCUCUGGAGGUUGGCCGGGUUUAUUAUUUUGAAUUGCGGAGAGAAGCGAAAGCUCUGGCUCUCCAAGCAUCUGGAUUUGAUCGAUCCCCCUGCCAAAGGUUCCACUCGAGCUGCUCACCCGAAUGUUCUCCAAAAUUUCCACGUGGAGAGCCGAAAUUUUUAUUCUUUCCUUGUUUUUACCAAAUUAAAGUGAAUACGAAUCGUUAGUGGUUCGAUUCUAUUACUUCAUCCAUUUGUCUAGCCGGUGGAUCUUCUUCUCUUCUCGGCCCCCAAAACCGCAGCUGACCGUCAAAGAGCCCGAAUUUACUUACUCUAGCACAAUCCAAAAGUCACGCCAG